AUGAGAGGCGCAGGAAUUCGUGUGUUCCUUGUAGCAGCGCUCCCCCUCCUCCUACACAAAAAUGAAGUUAGCACGCUGCAGCUGUAUGCCAAUGAGAUACCCGCGACCCCCGACUCGCUAAAAGGAACACCCAAGGCAGCCACACCCACCAACAACGUAUCGUCCGGAGGUGUCCCCAACGUCAUGCUUGACAACGACACACAGUUUAGUGAGUCGCUAAAAGAAUUUUUAAAGGGAACUAGUUAUGCUGGAGAGGGAGUCGACGGCAAGAGUAAUCCCCUCCUGGGGGAUUCCUUCCUCGAGGAGAAUAAAGACUUCAUAAAGAAGCAGGUGCUCUCCGACCUCUAUAGCAAAUUCAUAAUAGAUGUGGUGAACAAUAGUACUGUGUCCUUCCUGGACAAUCUGAGUGCUGCCAAGACAGGCAACACCGAUUUUCAAAUUGAAAUGGAGGAGAGUUGCUCUCCCUUCUUUUGCGAGAAGGUCAUGAAGGCCAAGGAGGUCGACGCGGUGAACGAGGCAAACGCGGCGAACGCGGUGAACGCGGUGAACGCGGUGAACGCGGUGAACGAGGCUAACGCGGUGAACGAGGCUAACGCGGCAAACGAGGCAAACGAGGCUAACGCGGACAAUGCAUUCCCCUUGAGCGAUGAGAAGGAGAUCAGUCUGCACGACGGAAGCGUAGAUGGCACAGACGAGCUGGUGAUGAACCUCGACCAAGUGAAGAGCGCCACGCAAAAUGGAGCUGACCAAAGUGGUGUCGAAGGUCUGUUCACGCGAACCCUAGAUGGAAAUGAAGAAAAGCAAAAAAUCAUCCUCACAGAUGGAGAUAACGUAUAUGUGUUGGAGGAAAUCACACAAGAAAGCAACUCUCCAUUUGGUGAAGAAGAAUUGAAUAAGCAAAAAAUCGAGCAAGAAAUAAAAAUGCAUAUACCUAGUGAGGUGAAUGAAAGAGACACAGAAAAGAAUAAAGACCUAUUAGAAGAAAUUAUAAAUUAUUCAGAUUCCAUUGUAGAUGAUAUGUCAGGUCCAGUGAAUAACAUACAAACGGGUUCAGAAAAAGGGAUCAGGGAACAUGACCUGACCAAAGAUGCAUCUAACUCUGCUGAAGCCAUGGGAUCAAAUGACAUGAAUAAUAAUAUGAGUGAGGAUAUAUUUACAAUGAGUGAGGAAGAGCUUUCUAAGAAAAUCCUCGAAGAGAUAAAAAUGAACAGCGAGGACAAAGUCGAAUGUUACACCAUGUCCCACGAUGAAAAUAAAUGUAAUAGUUAUAAAAAGUGCACUUAUGUUAAUAUCGAUAAUAAGGACACCUGCUUCUUAGAUUAUAAUUACAUGCUUUUCUUGAAGAAUAAUAAUUGUUCUCUGCAACCCAAGUCUGCUCUCCUGUCCAUCUCGAAGGAUCUACUUAAGAACGACAUUAUCAACAGACAAAUGUUUCAGCUUCUUCGAAACAGCAAUAACAACAAUUUCAUAUGUGACACCAUCACCUACUCCUUCCUCACUAACGUAGUGGAUAAUACGAACUAUGAGGAAAUCUUUUCCUGA